AUGUUCUACGCUCCCUCAAACCUGAAAUUUAUCAACGUCAAUGUCAAUGGCUACAACUACGUCGCGCUCCUUGACACCGGUGCUUCAAAGACCUGUAUCAAUUCAAGUCUUCCGUUCGUCUACAACACCAAACCAUCAAAAGUGGAAAUUAUUUGUGCAAAUAACCAAUUUAUCCGACCGUCAACACUCGCCGAACCAAUCAAAAUGACAGUCCAAACAAUCGGCGACGGAAAACUCUCCCUGAUCAUAAACCCACUUGUUGUCGACUCACUUUGUGUUCCUGUCCUUAUUGGCUGCGACCUCCUCAAAGAUGUUGCUUUUCCUGAUAAGAAAUUUAUUGUUUGGAAAAACAAACAAGUCCGGACAAUAAGACCCGAUGAGAACUCAAAAUAUUGCAAUGUCAAUGCAAUUGUCGAGAUCAAAGAUUCUAAAACUGAAAGGGAAUCCCUAGAAUCAUUCCAAAGAUUACGAAGUCAAAAGGCUGAAAUAAUGAAUUUCAAACCGGAAAUUGGCUCAUUCGGCGACACGACUUCGGAGCAAGAAGGAAAACUGAUUGAUCUCGUUGGCAAAUAUAAACUUGCCUUCUCAAUGGGUGAAGAUGACCUUGGAAAACUUCAUUAUUUCCGGUUCACCCUACCUAUGCUUGAUGAAUCUCAGACAACACACCAACCUCCUCGCCCAAUACCGAUUCACAUGAGAGAUCAGGUUAGCAAAGAGAUUGAGCGAUGGAAAAGUCUGGACAUCAUCAGAGAGACAUCGUCUGGUUUCAAUAUACCGCUGAUUAUUCUGAAGAAACACGAUGGCUCUAUAAGGAUUUCUCUUGAUGCAAGAUCCUUAAACAAACUCAUUCAACAAGAUCGGUUCCCGCUGCCUCACUUGUCUGUGGUAUUGACAGAUAUCGGAACUCGUCUUUCAAAUGGGAACUCAUGCUUCAUCAGUCAAAUUGAUUGCCACCGAGGGUAUUGGCAAAUACAAACUGCCGCUGAAGAUUCCCACAAGCUCGCUUUCUCCUUCAACAACAAACAUUAUGCCGCCCAACGUAUGCUUUAUGGUGUAUCAACAGCUCCGAGUGCCUUCUCAAGAAUCAUGCAGAAAUUACUAGACCACCCAAGCAUUCUUUUAUACUUGGAUGAUAUAAUCUGCAUUGACAAUUCCUUUGAGAAACACCUUGAAACACUGGAAUUCAUCUUCAAGACCUGCGUUAAUAAUGGCCUGCUCCUCUCACCAAAGAAAUGUUUUCUAUGCCGAACUGAGGCCGACUUUCUUGGCUACUCAAUAAGCAAAGACGGUGUUCGACCAACUGACAAACAUCUCGAGACCAUCAAGAACUUAAAAGCUCCAAAGUCAAAGAGCGAAGUAAAACGCCUCUUGGGAGUAUUCAAUUACAACAUCAAGUUCAUAAGAGACGGAAGUGCCAUUUUGCAACCUCUUUACGAUCUCACAUCAAAGAAUGUUGAAUUUCAAUGGGCUGACAAACAUGAGCACGCUUUCCAAACAAUAAAGAAUGAAUUGUUGAUGAAGCCAUCACUGUCCCACUUUCAACUUGGAAAACCCUUGAUUUUGGUCACCGACAGUAGUGGAAAGAAAGUUGGCGGAAUCCUCUAUCAAAGAAUUGGUGAAAAUCUCAACAUUUUGGGCUACUUCUCGAAAGCUCUCAAAGAACCUGACUUGAAACGAUCUAUGAGGAUCAAAGAGUUAUUUGCACUGGCAUUCAGCAUUUCCCAUUUCGAGUAUUUCCUCCUUAAUACACAUUUCACCUGCGUUGUGGACCAUAAAUCACUAUGUUAUUUGUUUAAAGAGCAGCGAGACUACAAAAACAACGAUAUCAAAUUAACAAACAUCCACAACUACUUGCUUAAAUUUAAUUUCACGAUCCUUCACGAGCCUGGCACAAGCCCGAUCAUGUGUACUGCUGAUUAUCUCUCACGUCUAGAGGCUUCAUCAAGCGAUGACCUUGAGAGUGACUCAAUGAAAUUUGAGGAUAUUCCCGAGACUGUGUUCGCCUUCCACACAAGAAUGACAGCUAGCAAAGAGAGCGUCUUCUCAUUUGGUGAACAAAACUUUACCGCGAAAGAGUUAUCCGAACUUCAAAGGAAUUGUGUGAAGUCAAGAAACCUUAUUGAAAAAUGUGGACGCAAUCCAAAAUCACCCUUUCAAACAAAGGACGGGUUACUUUACAAAGAUAAUCGACUUGUCCUUCCUGAAGAUCUAAGCAAUGAAUUCAUUUCCUUUCUUCAUUGCUACACGUGCCAUGCUGGUAGCAAACAAUUAAACAUGAUGUUAAAACGGUUUUUCAUCCACGACGUGCAAACAAAACCCGUGAGAUAA